CAUUUAAAAUUCGGAAACGGAAAAAGAGCACUGCAGCAUUCGCAAUACAGAAAUCUCGCUCUCGUCAUUCUGUCGUUAGCCAAUCAACAACUGAAUCAUCAAAUCAGAACGUGAACUCUUUACUAGAGAUUGAAGUCAUGACUCAAACUGUAAAAAUACCGAUGAAAGGAACGGUCAUUGAUGGGAUACGUGUUAAACGAAUUGGAACCACACAAAAAAAGCAUAGCAGUGCUUUAUUGAGAACAUGGUUUGGAACACCGGAAGAGAAAAUAAGGAAGCCUAAUGUUGCUGAGGAUCAAGUAAAUAUGUCAAUAACUCCGCCACCACCGAUUUAUCAUGGAGAAAACAGAGAGUCGAUAGAAAACAGAAAAUGGACAGAAGAUGGUAACGAUAACACGGGAAGAAUAUCAGGGAUGAUUCUUCCGUAUUAUGAUUCGAGAAAUUAUGAGACCAAUGAGAUUGAUGUUCACGAACAACCGGAACAUUCAAAUCCAUUUCUUGGCGCUGACGUCGAAGAAUUGGAAUAUUCAAACCCAUUUUUUGGCACUGAGGUCGAAGAAUCGGAAUAUUCAAACCCAUUUUUCGGCACUGAGAUCGAAGAAUUGGAAUAUUCAAACCCAUUUUUUGGCGCUGACGUUGAAGAACUUGAUGAGUUUGUUAGUGAUUUUGUUGAUGCUAGCGACUCGAAUGAUACACGCAGAACACAAACUUUUGGCCAAUUCAACGCCAUUUAA